CCCCUUUAUAGGCCCCACCACACUCCUUCCACAGCCCACAUACCAAACCAAACCUCAACCCCUCCCAACCAUCUCUUCUCUCCUCCAAGGUGCAGGUGCACUUCACCCGCCUGACCUACCCCUCUUUUUCUGUUAAUCUUACUCCCUGAACUCUCGGCCACUAACUUCUUCCAUGGACAAGAGUACGGAGAAAGAAACCCAUGACUUCAUGAACGUUGAAUCCUUCUCGCAGCUCCCCUUCAUCCGCCCCGCACCGGUUAAAGAAAAGUGCAUUAAGCUUUUCGGCAUAGAAUUUGGCGGUGACAACCCUGCGGGUGCCAGAGACGACUCCGAGUCGGCUGAGACCAACGCAUGCGAGGAAGCCAAGGAGCACAACGAGAACUUGGAGAGUAACCGCAGAUUUGAGUGCCAUUACUGUUGUCGAAACUUCCCUACCUCACAAGCCUUGGGCGGCCACCAAAACGCGCAUAAAAGGGAACGCCAGCACGCAAAACGCGCGCACCUUCAGUCGGCCAUGAUGCAUAGUAGUCUCUCUGAUCCGCAGGUCUAUGGAUUGAUGAAUUACCGCCACGGCUCCUCUCCAAUGCCGGCAUUGACUUAUCCAUCUUGGAACCCUAGUAAAUCUAAUACCAUUAAUACUGCUGGUAAUGGUAGCAGGUAUUAUGGAAGCCACGGCUCGUUUUCUCAGCCUGCACCUAUAAAUGGGAGUCCUUUGGCCUUGUGGCGAAUCCCUGCCGUCCAAAGUAACCCUACUUUGAGUCGGGACCGUUCGUUGCACCCGUUGCCAGUGUUUGCCGGAGAUGAGAUGAAGCACUCACAGCUUGGCGGGUCUAGUUCUCAAAGCAGAGUAUUUCAUACGUGUGAGGAAUAUAUGGGAUCUGUUGGGUGGACAUGAAGUCUGUCUGUACACACGUGUGCAUAUAUCUAUAUAUGUGGGCAAGACAGGUGUGGCGAAAAGGGAGGCUCAAGCUGGAUUGUUUCAGGGCAGCAGAUGGGAUAAGAAAGAUCAGGUGAUAAGCUUUGAUGUCUCCUCUGCUGAUGAUGCAGAAAGACAAUGAUAUUUCCAUGGCAUCUGCGCACCGGUAGCGCAUAGCUAGCUUGCCAAUCUUUAAUGCAUGUUCUGCUUUUUUCUACUCACUCAUUCUGCUCGUAAAAUUAUGAUCGGUGUCUAUGUCCGUGUCUCAGAGAAAAAGAGAGAGAAGGAGAUCAGGGAGAGAGGAAGAAUACUAAUGUUGAGAUUAUCAAACUUAAAAGUACUUUAUCUUGCA